CUCAAUGACAUCAAACAUGCCUUGGUCUUCAUUGAAGCCCUUUGUAGUGCAACAUUGGAUGAUGGAGUAAUCAGUUUUGAUCCAGAUGCUCUUGAAUGCCUUUGCAACCCACCUCAAGAGAUUCUGGCUAUUGAUGAUCCUGAUGUACUCUUGUCAUUGAAGCUAUUCCUUGCCAACACCACCGAAGCUGCUUACAAUUCCAUUUGCCAGGCUAUCAUGGAGCGCUUUCCUGACUCCAAAAUCCUAUCUCAUUAUCAGAUUCGCUGUUGUGUUGCUUUACUCAGUGGGAUUCAGCCUAUCGUGCAUGACAUGUGCAUAGACAUGUGCAUAGCAUUGUGUGGGCCCUGGUGA